CGAGAUUUGACGACAGCAGUGGGGCGGGAAGGAAGCGGAGACGCACCAAACAUGGCGGCGGCCGCGGCAGCAGUGGCGGUGACGGGGGCGACGGCGGCGACGGCAGCGGCGACGUACAAGGCAGCGGGGGUGACUCGGGGCAGCUGCCAGGCGACCUCCCUGCGGCUUUUCCGUCUGAGUUGAAGGUCCCUCCAUGGCCGCCUGCGUCUCCAGAGCACAUCGCAGCUCCUCCGCAUCUCGUCCAUGCUGGAGUGGCGGACCCAGGGGGCGCUGGUCCCGGUGGAGAGGUUAGCCGUGGAGUCCGCUGUGGAGUGUCUCCUCAUCCCUUGUCCUUAUUGGGGUUUCGCUGUUCCGUGUUCUGGUUUCCCGGGGCCUCAUAAUGCCCGUUUGCCUUCAGGAAUCCGUCUUCUGACAGUUCUGUGGUCAGAGGACACGCGUCCCAACUCUCCGAGGCCGUGCUAUCCCCACACUCACCAGACCUCACUCGUCAGACUUCUCCGCGGCCGGCGGCCCGUCGGACGUAUGAUCUGUCUGAAAGCAAGCACCUGGGUGACCUGCGGUCACUGUAGGUUAGAGGCCUACCUGGCCCCGCAUGAAGUCACUGCAUUGGGCCGCCGCUAAGUAUUCUAUUCUGUGCUUAGUGACCCUUCUGAAAAAGUGGGCCAGUAAGAUAGAUGCUCCUCGUCCCUCAUCCCGUGUUCUCAGAAUUCUCCUGGAGCCUGGACCAAAGAUGGGCUUGGAAGAGAGGCGGGGAAGAGUUUCUUCUGGGCUCAUGUUACCUCUGUUCCAGGGGGUGGUGUCUCCUGGUUGGCAUCAGGACGCCGCUGUAUUGCUACCUGCUGGCUCAGAGGCCGUGUGUGUGUGUGUGUGUGUGUGUGUGUGUGUUGAUCAAAACUUCCCGUUUGUAAAAUGAGACUGAAGAAGAAAGAUCGGAGGACAACAUACAGAUAAAUGCUGUUCCAGGCACCAAAGGAGGAUCAGAGUGGUCACAGUCGCCUGCGCAGAUAGACUGACGUGAGCUAGAGAAACCUGGGUCUUGAACCAAAGACUCCGUUCAGAUUUAGGCAUCUUUCAUCCCAGGCAUUAAAGCUGUGCAAGGACCUGCCAUGCUGUGCACGCGCCAGGUGUCCCCCCAGGUGUAACGACCUGUAAACUUUAAAAACAAGCCACACAAAACAAACAAGAUGGGCGAGAAGAAGCCAGAGCCUCUGGACUUCGUGAAGGAUUUCCAGGAGUACCUGACCCAGCAGACCCACCACGUGAACAUGAUCUCGGGAUCAGUGAGCGGGGACAAGGAGGCAGAGGCUCUUCAGGGAGCUGGGACAGAUGGCGAUCAGAAUGGACUUGACCACCCAUCUGUUGAAGUUUCCCUGGAUGAAAACUCAGGAAUGUUAGUAGAUGGCUUCGAAAGGACCUUCGAUGGGAAGCUCAAGUGUCGUUAUUGCAACUAUGCCAGCAAAGGGACAGCCCGGCUUAUCGAACACAUCAGAAUCCACACAGGUGAAAAACCUCAUAGAUGUCACUUAUGUCCAUUUGCCUCUGCUUACGAGCGUCACCUGGAAGCCCAUAUGCGUUCCCAUACAGGAGAAAAACCAUAUAAAUGUGAAUUGUGUUCCUUCCGCUGCAGCGAUCGAAGCAACCUGUCCCAUCAUCGACGGCGCAAGCAUAAGAUGGUGCCAAUCAAAGGUGCGAGGUCUUCCUUAAGCAGCAAGAAAAUGUGGGGCGUUUUACAGAAGAAAACCAGCAACCUGGGCUACAGCAGAAGAGCACUCAUCAACUUAAGUCCGCCCUCCAUGGUGGUUCAGAAGCCAGACUACCUUAACGAUUUCACCCAUGAAAUCCCCAACAUCCAGACGGACUCCUAUGAAAGUAUGGCGAAAAGCACCUCCACUGGGGGCCUACCCAGGGACCCCCAAGAACUCCUGGUCGACAACCCCCUCAAUCAGCUCUCCACUCUCGCAGGGCAGUUGUCCAGCCUGCCCCCCGAAAACCAGAACCCCGCGUCCCCCGACGUCGUGCCCUGCCCGGACGAGAAGCCUUUCCUGCUGCAGCAGCCCUCGGCCCAGGCAGUGGUUUCUGCCGUGGCCGCAAGUAUUCCUCAGAGCGCCUCCCCCACCAGCCCCGAGCCUCGGCCGCCCCAGAGCCAGAGGAACUACAGUCCCGUGGCAGGUCCCAGCAGCGAGCCCAGUGCCCACACGAGCACCCCGAGCAUAGGAAACAGCCAGCCGAGCACGCCCGCACCGACCCUGCCGGCCCAGGACCCGCAGCUCCUGCACCACUGCCAGCACUGUGACAUGUACUUUGCCGACAACAUCCUCUACACCAUUCACAUGGGAUGCCACGGGUAUGAGAACCCUUUCCAGUGCAACAUCUGCGGAUGCAAAUGCAAAAACAAGUACGACUUCGCCUGUCACUUUGCAAGAGGGCAGCAUAACCAGCACUGACCGGAACAGUCACGUUACUCUGUCCUUGGUUUUGACUUUAUGCAUUUUUUAGUUUUGUUUAUUGUUGGUUUUUGUUGGUAGGGGGAGGACCAUCCCUAAUAUGCUAAUUUAAAGUUUAUACAUUAUAUUUAUAGAAAACAAAGUUGACAAUAGAAACAAAUGUUUUCCUUUUUUUUCCCCAUAAGUUUGUUCUAAUUUAUAUAUUAGAACAAUUAGACACAUUGUGUCUGUUUUCUCCUUUUAUUUAGACUUUGAUGAUUGAAGUGCAAUCUUAAUCUUACAGGUAUUCAUUUAAACUCCCACGUUUAAGGUCCAUGUAGACUUCAAAGCUUGAUCCUAGUGGUGUUUCACUAUAUACGCAGUUAGAUGUCAUGUCUGCCGUAUUUAAAAAUGGUAGAAUAAAUUACUUUCUCACAAACUUUGUUACAACUUAUUUCCAUGUGUAGCAGAGGAAUUGCCUUUAAAAUUGCUCUUUAGAUAGUUGAAAUACUAUCUAGUUCACUUAGUUUAAGUUGAAUUGAUAGUUUCAACUGACAGAAGUAAAGCUAUUUCGGUAUAUAGUAAACCUUUUUCUUUUUUCCAUAAGGGGGGAUGUAAAACAGUUAAUUCUUUUAAAAUUAAAGCUAUAAAAAUUUGAGAGGAAUGUCCUGAAAUGAAAUAAAACAAGGCUUUACAUUGAAAAUGGAGUUUAAUAUUUGAAAACCUGUUUAUUCAAUCUCUUGUUUAAAAAUGCAUCAAUUUGCCAUUGGAUUCGUUUUAUUAUACUUGUAGUUUAUUUUAAAAACCACAAGUAAAUACAUGAGAAUGCUGGAAAUGUCAGGUGAUUACCGAUGAAGAUGCCUUUUUUGUUCUUUUAGUUUGAACCUUGUAUUUAAACGCUUUAUUCUGACAUCGUUACCGUCAGGUGAGCUUGACAAGGACAUUGUCUGUUCUCCCUCCUGUUCCUUUGAUGACCAAAGAGGUAAGUGACAGUCCCAUCUGGUUCCCGGAGACAGUCCUUCACGAAAUUCCGCGUCCUGGUUCCUGCCUCUGGCCUUGCACCCAUUUGUUGUCCAUAAUUUCUCAAAUGUGUGUGUAGGAACACAUGGGAAAAUGGGAUGAAGUAUAUUUUUAAAAAUGAAACACAUCCAAAACGAAUUCUUCUCUUCAGAAUUGGCCCCUUAGAACACUUAGUGUGACUUCAAGUUGUGAUGCUCGUUGCCGUUGUACCAGUCUUUCCUGCGCGGCGACAGAGCCAUGGAAGCUGACUGCCUCGACACCUAGUGGGAAAGGACUUACCAUGUGAAAGUAGAUAUCAAAUGCAUACAGACAGAUCUAACUUGUUUACAGAAAUAAGACGUGCUAAUUAAUCUAGAGGAAUUUUGAAUAGGAGGCUGCUGUUGAUAUAUUGUGUAAUAACUCGCUUAACCUGAAGAGCGCUUGGUCAAACAAUAAACUUACUGUUUCUAA